AUGACUUCCACUCUCCCUCUUGAGAAGGAACAGAAGGGCCUUGUCGAAGUCGUCAACACAACGAAAGAUGAGUCGGUCCAUGAUCUCGCCUACGACAACGAGGACGAAGAGCCCGUAUUGCACGCACGCACCUACUUUGCGCUGCUUGCGCUCUUCCUGCUGAACUUUGUCCAGCUUGUGGCGUUAACUGGCCCCCCUUCCAUUCUGGAGUAUAUCGGCAAAGCGACAGACGGGACCGCGGACCAGGUCUGGGUCCCGAACGUGCUCUCGCUUAUGCAGGCUGUUGGUGGCCCGGUCAUUUCCUUCGCGAGUGACACGUUCCAGGCCCGUAAGAUGAUCCUCGUCGGCUCGUGUGCCAUCGCUUUCGUCGGUGCGGCUAUUGCCCCCGGUUCCAAGGAUAUCUAUCGAGUUGUGGCAGCUCAGGUGCUCAUUGGCUUCGGAUUCGCGGCCGUGCCGCUCGCCUACGCCAUUCCAUCCGAGAUCCUUCCUCGCCGCUGGCGUCCUGCCGCGCUGGCUAUCAUGAAUGUCGCGGCCGCGCUCGGAGCAGUAGCUGGGCCUCUUAUCGCCGGUGCUUUUACACGCAUGUCGAUUGAGAGCGGCUGGCGAAACUUUUAUUGGGUGCAAAUGGGGAUCUGGGGAGCGACAGCCCUUGGCCUGGUCCUGGGAUACCGCCCGCCCAAGCGCCACACCAAGUACGACCAUCUCUCGCUCUUUGCAAAGAUUGGAAAGCUAGACCUUCCCGGAAUGCUUCUUUUGACUUCGGGCUUGACACUCCUCCUGGCCGGACUAACCCUUGGCGGCAACCCGUGGGCGUGGACGAAUGCCCGCGUGCUCUCAACACUCGUUAUCGGUAUCGUCGUACUGAUCGUCUUUGGCAUCUACGAGUGGCGUGGCACCAAAACUGGCAUCCUGCACCACGAUCUGUUCAUCACUCGCACGUUCCCGAUCUGCAUCGCCCUUAUCUUUAUGGAAGGCAUCCUGUUGUUUUCUUUCGUCAUCUUCUACCCGGUCCUUACGAGCAGUUUGUUCGAGACGGACCCGGUCUUGACAGCACUGCGGACGACGGCUUUCUGGAUGGCUAGCGGUUUGGGAACAGUUGUCUACGGCUUGUGGAGCACGAAGCGUCGCACGAUCCGCUCGCCUCUCCUCACAGGAUUCGCUAUAAUGACUGCUGGCAUUGUCGGCAUGACGACGAUCCAGCCAAACCACUCUACGCGUGCGGUUGUGUUCAAUGCCCUCGCGGGUCUCGGCUUUGGCUCCCCACUGGUACUCAUCAUUGCCGGCGUACAGUUGUCCAUCCCGCACCACCUCAUCGCGACAGCCACUGCGGUCGUGACUUCGAGUCGCGCGGUAGCGGCGUCGUCAUUCACUGCAAUUUACGCUGCCGCCUUUGGAAGUGGGAUGACGACCAAGUUGCCAACGUACGUCAGCGCGGCGGCCUUGGCGGCGGGCCUGCCACGUGAGUACCUCGGUCCGUUCAUUGGGGGCCUUACCGGUGACAUGGGUUCACUUUCCGACGUUCCGGGAGUCACCCCCGACGUCAUCAACGCCGGAGUGGCUGCUAUACGUCAGGCCACGGCGGAUAGCAUGCGCGUCGUCUACAUCAUCGCGGCGUCGUUCGGAGUACUCGCCUGCAUCACUACUUUGUUUGUCGGCGACGUAUCAAGCGUCAUGAACUAUCGCGUCGACGCCCCAGUUGAGGAACUGCACGCAAAGCACCGCCAUGAUGCUGCGUAG